AAAUAAAAAUAUUAAAUAGGUAACAGUACAGUUGACAAGUGGGUUUGGCAAAGUUUUCUACUUUGGGGUAUGCAAAUUAAAAAUUUGGGAAGCACUGAGAUACGGAAUCAAGAUGAGUAGGGCACAGUGUGCCCUCUGGACAUAGUGAACCUACAGAGAGAAACCUGUAAUGACCAAACAGUAUAAAAAUUGCUGUCAAAAAGAAAUGAGCAGGGUGCUCGGGGCUUACAGAGAAGCGGUGCAAAAAUAAACUUGGUGGUAGUGAGAAGUUCAGGAAAUGCUUCCUGGAAUCGAGUGUUAAGGAUUGGUGGGCAUUGUGGUUGCAGAAUAAGGUUUGUUUAGAAGUGCCAGGCAGCUGAGUAUGACUGGCUUCUACGUUGCAUGUCAUGGAGUGACUAGAGAAAUGCAGGAACAGGAUCACCAAAGGCCUUCUGUGCUAUAGUAAGGAGUUUGGACUUUAUCCUGAAGAUGAUGAGAAGCUUCUCAAUUAUUUUAAGCAGUGAAGUGUUAUGAUCAGAGUUUUAGGGGAUGCCAAGAUUGAAGGCAAGUCACCAGUUAGGAGACUGCUUGUUUAAGUAGUUCAGAGGAGAAAAGGUGGAGCUGCAACCAAGGCAUUGGCAGUGGGCACGAAGAGGUGUAUGUGUGCUGAUUUUGGAUUCCUUAGAGGAGUCGAAAGGACAGGACUUCAUGGUCAGGUUGGUUAGGGAUGUUGAAGGAGACUGGGGGAGUGUAGACUGACCUCCAGAUUUCUGGUUUGGGUAACCAGGUGGCAUGUAGAGCAAUUAACUGGUAACAUACAGAAAGAGGAAAGAACUUGGUUUCAUUUGUUCUUGAGGAAAAAGAUAAGUUUGUUUUUGAACUUACUGAAUCUGAGAGGCUUGCGGGACAUCUUGGUUAAGACCCAGUAGCAGUCGAUAGGGAGGGUCUAGAAGUCAUGAGAUGCAACCCAGCCUGGAGAGAUUUGAGAGUCUUCAGCAUUUGGACAUGUCAGCUGUGGUUUGCUACAGUGAGUAUGAAGUAACUUAAAGUAGUACACAGAUUAAAAAAAUAAGAAUUUAACGUGUCUGAAAAACGUAAGCUGUAUUUCAAACCUAUAAUAUCAUGGAUAUUAUCACUUAGACCAAGUGAGCCCCAAAAGAAGGGAAUAUUAAGUAAAUAAAACACAUGGGAUCUGUGGAAAUGGCAAAAAUUGUGGUGAAGCUAUGCAAAUGAUGGAAGUUCAGAAAGUGCUGUUUUAAGGCAUGGGUAUGGUGGAUAAGGUCACCCAAGGAGAGAGUAAGCGUGAGAAGAAAAGAGAGUUGACAUUUGGGUGGCGGGGAAUGGAAAAGAAGAGCCAUGGAGACUGAGGAAGAGCAGCCAGAAGAAUAGGAGGAGAACCAGGAGAAGAUGGUCUUUGGAGUCCAAAUGAAGAGUUCUGAGAAGGAGGAAGUGGUCAACAGCGUCAAGAGGGUGCACCAUGGACGAUUUUGCCCUGGGAAAUUUCACUGUAGCAGAUUAUGCCUUGUUAGAAGAGUGCCCUUAUGUGGAUGAUUGUGUCUUUGCCUCCGAAUUUAUGUCCAAUGAUUAUGUUCGUGUGACUCAACUUUACUGUGACGGGGUGGGUAGACAGUAUAAAGAUUAUACCCAAAGUGAGGGAAACUUAGAGUUUGAUAUCUGCACUAUGUGGUGUAGUAAACCUAUUUCUAUCCUGCAAGAUUACUGUGAUGCCAUUAAAAUACACGUCUUCUGGCCACUUCUGUUUCAACGUCAACAUAGUUCUGUAAUAUCACGGUUGCAUCCCUGUGUGGAGGCGAACAGUUCUCAUGCUUCUGAGAUAAGUUUGAAGAAAUUACAACAUCUUGAGUUGAUGGAAGAUAUUGUGGAUUUGGCAAAGAAAGCUGCGAAUGAUUCAUUCUUUAUUGGAGGCUUAUUGAGAAUUGGUUAUAAAAUAGAAAAUAAAAUCUUGGCAAUGGAAGAAGCUUUGAAUUGGGUGAAAUACACAGGCGAUGUAACAAUUUUACCUAGGUUAGGAGCAGUUGACAAUUGUUGGCCUAUGUUAAGUAUUUUCUUUACUGAAUACAAGUAUCACAUUACUAAAGUUGUAACAGAAAACUGCAAUUUGCUUGAAGAAUUUAAAACUCAAAGUUGUGCGGAGUGUCUAGAGCAAGGAGAACUAAUGAAAAUGAAAGGAAAUGAAGAGUUUUCCAAAGAAAGAUUUGAUAUAGCUAUUAUCUAUUACACCAGAGCCAUUGAAUGUAGACCUGAAAAUCACCUUCUUUAUGGUAACCGAGCUCUUUGUUUUCUUCGCACUGGACAAUUUAGAAAUGCACUUGGUGAUGGAAAGAGAGCUAUUAUUCUGAAGAACAAUUGGACAAAGGGUCAUUAUCGUUAUUGUGCUGCUCUUUCUAUGCUGGGGGAAUAUGACUGGGCCCUGCAAGCAAACAUAAAAGCUCAAAAACUCUGUAAAAAUGACCCUGAGGGAAUCAAGGAUCUAAUUCAGCAGCAUGUAAAGUUACAAAAACAAAUAGAAGACCUGCAAGGUCGAACACCAACUAGGAAUCCAAUUAAAGCCUUCUAUGAAAGCAGGGCCUACAUACCUAGUUUAUCAGCACCUGCAUUUAGUACUUCACUUAACUUUGUGGAGACUGAAAAAAAUUCCAGAAAACCUAACCACGAAAUGGCAAACGGUGGUAAUCAGAAUCCAAAGGUGGCAGAUGAAGCUUUGAAGGUAGAUGAUUGUGACUGUCAUCCUGAAUUUCUGCCACCAUCAAGUCAGCCUCCAAAAUAUAAAGGAAAACAAAAAUCCCGAAACAAUGAAUUGGAGAAGUUCAGUUCUGGUUCACAAGGGAGUUUACCAGUAGAUUUGAAAAACAUCUUGGAGAAACAGUUUUCUAAAUCCUCCAGAGCUGCACACCAGGAUUUUGCUAAUAUAAUGAAAAUGCUGAGAAGCUUAAUCCAGGAUGGUUACACGGCUUUGUUGGAGCAGCGCUGCCGCAGUGCUGCCCAGGCCUUCACAGAGUUGCUCAAUGGUUUAGAUCCUCAAAAAAUAAAGCAACUGAACCUGGCCAUGAUUAACUACGUCUUAGUAGUCUAUGGACUUGCCAUUUCACUCCUUGGAAUAGGACAACCUGAGGAGUUAUCUGAGGCUGAAAACCAGUUUAAGAGGAUGAUUGAACACUACCCCAAUGAGGGACUUGAUUGCUUGGCUUACUGUGGAAUUGGAAAAGUGUACUUGAAAAAAAACAGAUUUCUAGAAGCUCUUAAUCAUUUCGAGAAAGCAAGAACCUUGAUCUGUCGUCUUCCUGGAGUGUUAACUUGGCCCACAAGUAAUGUGGUUAUUGAAGAGACUCAGCCAGGGAAAAUAAAGAUGCUGUUAGAGAAAUUUAUUGAAGAAUGCAGGUUCCCUCCAGUGCCGGAUGCCAUUUGUUGCUAUCAGAAGUGCCGUGGAUAUUCCAAAAUCCAGAUAUACAUAACUGAUCCAGACUUUAAGGGUUUUAUACGAAUCAGCUGUUGCCAGUACUGUAAAAUAGAAUUCCAUAUGAACUGUUGGAAGAAGUUAAAAACAACCACCUUUAAUGAUAAAAUUGACAAGGAUUUUCUGCAAGGAAUUUGUCUUACUCCUGACUGUGAAGGAAUCAUUUCAAAGAUUAUCAUCUUCAGCAGUGGUGGUCAAGUUAAAUGUGAAUUUGAACACAAAGUCAUUAAAGAAAAGGUUCCUCCAAGACCUAUUCUGAAACAGAAAUGUUCUAGCCUAGAGAAGUUAAGACUGAAAGAAGACAAAAAAUUGAAGCGGAAGAUCCAAAAAAAGGAAGCAAAAAAAUUAGCACAAGAAAGAUUGGAAGAGGACUUAAGGGAAAGUAAUCCACCUAAAAUUGAAGAGCAGAAAGAAACUAUAGACCGUGUUCAGAGUUGCCAGUUCCUUGAUGACAGAAUUCUGCAGUGCAUAAAGCAGUAUGCUGACAAGAUUAAGUCCGGGAUACUGAAUACUUCCAAGCUUCUCAAAGAGUUGCUUUCUUGGAAGGUUUUAACCACAGAAGACUACACAACCUGUUUUUCUAGCAGAAAUUUUCUCAAUGAAGCAGUGGACUAUGUCAUUUGUCAUUUGGUUCAAGAAAAGAAUAGAGUAAAGACAAGGGUUUUUCUGCAUGUUUUGAGUGAACUUAAAGAAGUGGAACCAAAAUUAGCCACCUGGAUCCAAAAACUUAAUAGCUUUGGCUUAGAUGCCACAGGACCUUUUUUUUCUCGUUAUGGGGCCGCUCUCAAGGAGCUUGAUUUUAGCAUCAUGACUUUUCUCUGGAAUGAGAAAUAUGGUCAUAAACUAGGCUCUAUAGAAGGAAAGCAGCUUGAUUAUUUCUGUGAGCCAGCGUCACUGAAGGAAGCGCGAUGUUUAAUAUGGCUGCUGGAAGAACACAGAGACAAGUUCCCAGCACUGCAGAAUGCUUUGGAUGAAUUCUUUGAUAUAAUGGACAGCCGCUGCACUGUAUUAAGGAAACAGGACAGUGGUGAUGUGCCAUUUAAUUCUACCAAGAUAAAAAACAAAGGCAAGAAAAAGAAGCCAAAAGAUUCAAAGCCUAUGUUAGUUGGGUCUGGAACCACUUCAGUCGCACCAAAUAAUGAGACUGUCACUUCAGGUGAAGACCAUAACAAACGCAAUUCAAAUUCUGCGGGCCCAUUUGUAGUGCCUGACCAUCUUCGUCACGAUGUAGAAGAAUUUGAAGCUCUGUAUGGACAGCACAGUAAUGAAUAUGUUGUCCGUAAUAAGAAGCUGUGGGACAUUAACCCAAAACAAAAAUGUUCAACUCUAUAUGAUUAUUUCUCUCAGUUGUUAGAGGAACAUGGUCCCUUGGACAUGAGUAACAAGAUGUUUUCUGAAGAAUAUGAGUUUUUCCCAGAAGAAACUCGACAGAUACUAGAAAAAGCAGGUGGUUUGAAAUCUUUUCUCCUGGGAUGUCCUCGUUUUGUUGUGAUUGACAACUGUAUUGCAUUGAAGAAAGUUGCGUUACGGCUUAAGAAAAAGAGAAAGAAGAAAAACAUUAAGACAAAAGUAGAAGAAAUUUCGAAAACAGGAGAGUAUUUACAAGUUAAACUACCGCUGAAUCCAACUGCUAGGGAAUUUAAACCAGAUGUGAAAUCCAAACCAGUGUCUGACUUAUCUUCAGCACCAGCUUCUGAGGAUGUGAAGCCCCACCUUACAUCUGCUAAUUCUCCCCAGUCACCUUGUGAAGCUGUGAAGCCGAAACUAAUUUCCGAUAAUUCUUCCAAAUCAGUUUCUGAGGAUGAGAAGCCCAAAGGGGUGUCUUCUGAUUCUCCCAAACCAGUCUCCGAGGAGACAAGUCACAAACAUGUCUCCUCUAAUUCUCCCAAACCAGUUACAGAGGAUGUGAAACCAACCUAUUGGACUCAACCCCAGUUGGUCACAGGAUACUGUACGUAUCUUCCCUUUCGGGGAUUUGACAUUACCCAGACACCACCAGCGUUUAUAAAUGUGUUACCGACUUUGCCCCAGUAUAGCAUUUAUGCACCUCUGGCCAGAGUUUCUUCUGAAUAUCAGCUGCAAAGAUCAAUACCAGUGGUGCCGUCUUUUGUAGCCAGUGACAUAACAGAAGUGCGUUUUGAGGGCCAUCAUUUCAGUGCUGAGAAUGCCCCUGGUAACCAGAUUGCCUCUGAAACACAAAUCCUUCAGGAAUCUUUGGAAAUACCAGUAAAGUCACAGUGCAUCACGGAUGGUGCUGAUACAGCCCAAAGUGAGUCUAACAGAACUGAUGACCACUGUGGAAAUUCUGCCAAGCAGGAAGUAAAUCCAGAAAGCACCGAUGAAGUAACAGAUAUUCCACAUACACAAAUGGUUGCUGUACAGGUGUCUCGGAAUAUAAUGCAUCAAGAAGUCAAUACUGAGCCGUAUGAUCCUUUUGAGGCACAACAGGGGAGUAUUUCACAGAUUGAAAAGGAGUACCAAGUUUUACAAGAGCAGCUUAAGGAAGCAUGUGAAAAUUAUGAGCAGAGAAAUAUCAAGGGCUCAGAAGAAACCAAGGAUUUGGAAGAAAAGUUGAAAAGGCACCUAGAAGAAAACAAGAUCUCAAAGACAGAAUUAGAUUGGUUCCUCGAAGAUUUGGAAAAGGAAAUUAAAAAAUGGGAACAGGAGAAAAAAGAAAUCCAAGAGAGACUAACGGCACUGAAGAAGAAGAUGAAAAAGGUUUUAAAUGCCAGUGAAAUGUAUACCCAGGAAAACGCUGGAAAGGAAAAGGAACGUGAAUUACUUCUGGACCAGUCCUUUGAAAUCAGUAAUACAUUUAUGAAUGAGAAAAUGAAAAUAGAAGAGUGUAUAAAGAAAGAGAAAGAGCAUUAUGAAGAGAGUCUUCAAAGGGCUGUGGAUGCAGAGGUAUCUGUGCUCGAAAACUGGAAGGAGACGGAAGUAUAUAAGUUACAGAACAUGGAGUCACAAGCCGAAGGAUUUCUUAAGAACCUGAAGCUAAUGAGCAGUGAUUCUGCAGCAUAUACUGUCAUGGAAUCUGACAUACAUUCAUGGGAAUCAUUUCUUUCUAAUGUUAGAGAAGAAAUUGAGAAAGCAAAGUCUCAGUUUGAAGAGCAAAUUCAAGCAAUUAAAAAUGGUUCUCGGCUCAGUGAACUUUCUAAAGUGCAGAUUUCUGAGCUUUCAUUUCCUCCCUGUAACACAAUUCAUCCUAAGUUACUUCCUGAGUCUUCAGACCAUGAUGAUCAAGGCCCCUCCACUUCUACAAGUCACAGGACUGGAGACCGAACAGCAGUUCCCGAGGAAUCAAGUCUGGUCUCUGCUACCGAUGGCCCAGUGGAGUCACCCUCCUGUGAGCCAGAAGCCGGCCGGCUGCCAGAGUGUGAGAGCGCCGGCCAGGCAGCUCGGUCAGAGCCAAGCCCGGUGGCUGAUCAGAAGUUACCUGGUGCUCCAGGACGUGCCACCCGCUCAAGCCAGUCUCCGAAGAAACCGUUCAAUAGUAUUAUUGAGCACCUGUCAGUGGUGUUCCCCUGUUACAGCAGCACCGAGCUUGCUGGUUUUAUUAAAAAAGUGAGAAACAAAAACAAGAACUCGCUCUCUGGAUUGAGUAUUGACGAAAUUGUCCAAAGAGUGACAGAACACAUUCUAGAUGAAGAGAAAAAGAAAAAGCCAAAUCCAGGAAAGGACAGGAGGCCGUCUGAGCCCAGCUCUGCUGCUUCUGUGACCAGGGCCACCCAGGGCCCGCCCUUCGUGCUUGUUGGAUCAUCACGCGAAAGCCAGGGGCAGAAGACAGACGACGUCCCUGUGUCCGGUGCAAAUUCCUGUGAAAUAUGCCUGGAAGUAUUCAAAUCCAAAAAUGUACGUGUGCUGAAAUGUGGGCACAAGUUUCACAAAGGGUGCUUCAAGCAAUGGCUUAAGGAGCAGAGCACUUGCCCAGCCUGCCUGGCUCGUGAUCUCCUGUCAGAAGAGUAACCUGCCCUUCUGGAAGAGGCCCACCCACUGUUCUAGGUAGUUACAAUUCACUAGAGUAUAUACUGUUUGUUGAGUUGGAAGAAUAACAAUAUACUACCUUUGAUAUAAAAAGCAACAUGUGAAGAUUCUUUGCACUGUGCUUCACAGUGCUAAUAAAUGGAAAUCUUUAAUACAGCUGACAGUAAGUAAGUUCCCAACUCUGACUAGCCGCUUAAUAAUCGCCAAAUGGUGUCUGAUAAAGUUAUGUGUGACCACAUCCUUAUAUUGCUGGGGCUGCUUGCAGAGGUGCUCUCUGAGAUGGAAGGAAAACAUGGUGAGUGCCUCAAAGCAGGACUUAAAUUAUAAGUAUCCUUGAUCUUUUAAAGUGCCCCACGUUAAAGUUUUUUGAGAUUAGUAUUCCUAAACAAAUGCCUACGUUUUUCCUUAAAGAUUCUGCAUUUUAAAAAACGGGCUUAAGCAAACCACAUUUGACUAGGUUGUAGCUGAUGUUAAAAUAUCGGCUGAUUCAGACCAAAAGAUUCCUUCAGAUCUCCUUCCUCUUCAUGUGAUUUUGAUUUUUCAUUUCAUUAUUUUAUUUCUCCCCAGUAGAUUUAUAAGUGCUUGUUUUUCAUAUUUUAAAGACAUAAUGAUGUUUGAAAAUCACACAAUAAACUUAUUAACAUCAGCCAAGACUUUUUUUAACCCCUAAAACUGAGGCUCCGUAUCCAUUACCCCAGCCCCACAUUGGGAACUUACUCUGAAUACUUCUCUGUUCUCAUUAGUGAUGUCGUCCCUCUUUAUGAGUUAGACAACAAGUGUUUGGGGGUCUCUGUCUAGCACACAGUGGGCACUUUCCUUAUCCUACCACCAAAAAGAGACACUUGUGUAAUUAGACAGUCCCGAGGAGUCCCUGUUACAAUUGUUCAGUGUUUGACAUUUGUGUAAAGUAAUGCAUGCUCUCUUGUACUGUGGCCUGAGAACAAAACUGUAACUGCAUUAGAAACUUAAAAAAUUAGUUCUCUGUAGUGACUUCAUAGGCAGUAGUAGUAAAUACAGAAACAUGAAUUCUGGACACAUUCCAUUUCUCUCAAACAGGAAGGGUCAAAAAAUGUUUUUUCCGUGUGUUCUUUGUUACCCGCUAGAAGCUCACAGUCGCAAGUUCAUGAGCUGAUUUGGUCGCUUCCCUCUGCCUUGGUUCCCUGUGAGUUCUGAUGUCUUAGUGACUUAGUGCAUAGAAGCUUCCUCCAUAUUUCGAAGCAGGUCCCUAAAACAUUGUCUGCAUGUUCAGAAUAACUGAGGACUUGUAGAUAUGAAGAUACACAGGGCCCAGUUUGUAGCAGCAGGUACAAAGGGAAAGAAGAGCAGCUGGAGAGAAAGAGAACGUGUUUUGUACAUAACUUCAAACAAAUACUUGUGAACAUGCCUUACACGUGUCCUGUAAGUGUCGAAAUAAAAAGCAUUCUAAAAUAA